AUGUUGACCAAGAAAGAACAUGUUGAACACAAUAAGAAACAUGUUGAACCCACAAGAACAUGUGAACACAAUAAGAAACAUAAAGAACAUGUUGAACCCAAUAAAGAACACGUUGAAGACAAUAAGAAACAUGUUGAACCCAAUAAGAAACAUGUUGAACCCAAUAAAGAACAUGUUGAACACAAUAAGAAACAUGUUGAACCCAAGAAAGAACAUGUUGAACCCAAUAAAGAACAUGUUGAAGACAAUAAGAAACAUGUUGAACCCAAUAAAGAACAUGUUGAACACAAUAAGGAACAUGUUGAACACAAGGAAAAUGUUGAACGUAACAAGGAACAUCUAGAAUACAAUAAGGAACAUGUUGAACCUAAUAAGGAACAUUUAGAACACAAUAAGGAACAUCUAGACCCCAAUAAGGAACAUGCUGAACCCAAUAAGAAACAUGAUGAACACAAUAAUAAGCAUGAACAUGUUGAACACAAGGAAAAUGUUGAACGUAACAAGGAACAUCUAGAAUACAAUAAGGAACAUGUUGAACACAUUAAGGAACAUGUUGAACCUAAUAAGGAACAUUUAGAACACAAUAAGGAACAUCUUAAACCUAAUAAGGGACUUGUACCCAAUAUGGAACAUGUUGAACACAAUAAAGAACAUGUUGAACCCAAUAAGGAACAUCUUAAACCUAAUAAGGAACAUGUACCCAAUAAGGAACAUGAACAUCUAGAACACAAUAAGGAACAUGUUGAACACAAUAAGAAACAUGUUGAUCACAAUAAGGAACACGUUGAACACAAUAAGGAACAUGUAGAACACAAUAAGGAAUAUUUAGAAAACAAUAAGGAACAUCUUGAACACAAUAAGAAACAUGUUGAGCCCAAUAAGAAACAUGGUGAACCUAAAAAGAAACAUGUUGAACCCAAGAAAGAUCAUGUAGAACACAGUAAGGAGCAUGUUGAACACAAUAAGAAGCAUGGUGAAGCCAAGAAGGAACAUCUAGAACCCAGAAAGAAACAUGGUGAACCUAAUAAGGAACAUCUUGAACCCAAGAAGGAACAUAUUGAACACAAUAAGAAACAUAAACAUGUUGAACACAAUAAGAAAUAUGUUGAUCACAAUAAGGAACAUGUUGAACACAAUAAGGAACAUGUAGAACACAAUAAGGAACAUUUAGAGCAGAAUAAGGAACAUCUUGAACACAAUAAGGAACAUGUUGAACACAGUAAGAAACAUAAACAUUUUGAACCCAAUAAGGAACAUGUUGAACACAAUAAGGAACAUCUUGAACACAAUAAGGAACAUGUUGAUCACAAUAAGAAGCAUGUUGAACACAAUAAGAAACAUGUUGAACACAAUAAGGAACAUGUAGAACACAAUAAGAAACAUGUUGAAUCUAAUAAGAAACAUGUUGAACAUAAUAAGGAACAUCUAGAACACAAUAAGGAACAUGUUGAACACAAUAAGGAACAUGUUGAACACAAUAAGGAACAUGUUGAACACAAUAAGAAAUAUGUUGAACACAGUAAGAAACAUGUUGAACACAAAGAACAUAAUGAACUGAAUAAGAAACAUGUUGAACACAAUAAGGAACAUCUAGAACACAAUAAGGAACAUGCUGAACCCAAUAAGAAACAUGUUGAACACAAUAAGAAAUAUGUUGAACACAGUAAGAAACAUGUUGAACACAAAGAACAUAAUGAACUGAAUAAGAAACAUGUUGAACACAAUAAGGAACAUCUAGAACCCAAUAAGGAACAUGCUGAACCCUAUAAGAAACAUGUUGAGCACAAUAAGAAACAUGUUGAACACAAUAAGGAACAUCUAGAACCCAAUAAGGAACAUGGUGAACCCAAUAAGGAACAUGUUGAACACAAUAUGGAACAUGUUGAAUACAAGAAACAUUUAGAACCCAAUAAGGAACAUCUAGAACACAUUAAGGAACAUGGUGAACCCAAUAAGGAACAUGUUGAACACAAUAAGGAACAUGUCGAACCCAAUAAGGAACAUGUUGAACCAAAUAAGGAACAUGUUGAACACAAUAAAGCACAUCUAGAACACAAUAAGGAACAUGGUGAACCCAAUAAGGAACAUGGUGAACACAAUAAGGAACAUGUUGAAUACAAUAAGGAACAUUUAGAACUCAAUAAGGAACAUGUUGAACACAGUGAGGAACAUGUAGAACACAAUAAGGAACUUUGUGAACCCAAUAAGGAGCAUGUUGAACACAAUAAGGAAUAUGUUGAACCCAAUAAGGAACAUGUUGAACCCACUAAGGAACAUGUUGAACACAAUAAGGUACACCUUGAACACAAUAAGGAGCAUCUAGAACCCAAUAAAGAAUAUGUUGAACACAAUAAGGAACAUCUAGAACCCAAUAAGGAACAUGGUGAACCCAAUAAGAAACAUGUUGAACCCAAUAAGGAACAUGUUGAACCCAAUAAGGAACAUGUUGAACACAAUAUGGAACAUGUUUUUCCUGAUAAGGAACUUCUAGACCCCAAUAAGGAACUUGUUGAACACAACAAGGAACAUAUUGAACACAAUAAGGAACAUGUUGAGCCUAAUAAGAAACUUCUAGAACACAAUAAGGAACAUGUUGAACACAAUAAGGAUCAUGUUGAACUCGAUAAGGAACAUGUUGAACACAAUAAGGAACGUCUAGAACUCAUUAAGGAACAUGUUGAACCCAAUCAGGAACAUGUUGAACCUAAUAAGAAACACAUUGAACCUAAUAAGGAACAUCUAGAACUCAAUAAGGAACAUUUAGAACCCAAUAAGGAGCAUGUUGAACCCAAUAAGGAGCAUGUUGAACCCAAUAAGGAGCAUGUUGAACCCAAUAAGGAGCAUAUUGAACCCCUUAAGGCAACUGAACCUCUGAAGGCAGGUUACCAACAGAAGUUACCACAGCUACAGAAUGUUACGAGUCAAGUGGAGCAGUUUAGUGAACCACAUAUGGGUGAAGAAGCAAAAGAGACGGGAGAUGAAGUAAGAAGCUCUGCGAAUGAAGGAGCAGAGUCGCAUCAACCACGUAGUGUAGAACCUCGGGAACAUCGCUUCUUGGCACAUACAUACAGCUUAAAAAUGUUCAACAGUUUAUAUAAGAAAAAUAAACUCCUUAAAAAAUCUGUGAAAUUCCAAAGAAUGGCAGAUAUUCACCAGAAGAAAGCAAUCUUAAUAAAGAAAAAAAAAGUUUCCCAAAUAGAGAUAGAUAGACAGAAAGAACAAUUAUCAAAACUUGUGAAGAAGAGAGACAGUUUGAGAAUUAAGCUUGACCAACUGAACAAAAAUAUUGUCACUUUCAAAAAUGAGAAAGAAAGGUUAUCAAGUCAGAUCUGUGAAAUGCAGAGUAAGAGCGAGAAACUGUGGCACGCAAGGAACCAAAUUAAAGACCUUAUUUCUUCAUAUAUAACCAAAAGGGAGGAGACUUUUGCACUUAUUUGUACCAAAAGAUUCACAAGUGAAGCACUCGAUGCAAAAUGUAGAGCUAUGGACAAUAUGUUACAAACUCUUCGCUUAAGGUCAAGUGAUAUAGGGGACAAUAGAUUUUAUUUUAAGAAUGAGAUUAAUAAAGCAAAGGCAGAGUAUAGGAGCUAUAUUUCUAAAGUAAAAACAGCAGAGAAACGGGUAAAAUACAUUUACGUCAAUAUUACCAAAGUCUCAGAGACGAUAAUGAGCCUUAGAAAAAGACUACACCUGUUUGGGACAGUAAAUGCCCCUAUGUGUAGGGCUGAUAAAUUAGAGGCAAGGGCUUGUAAUUAUAGAUAUUUAGCCCAACUUUAUCAGAAGCAACAUCACAUGCUUAAGGCUCUGACAGUUAACAAAGACAAUAGUACUGAUGCUGCUACUGUACAACACCACGUGCCUCAACCUGUGACAGUGAAUGAAGACAAUAGUACUGAUGCUGCUACUGUACAACACCACGUGCCUCAACCUGUGACAGUGAAUGAAGACAAUAGUACUGAUGCUGCUACUGUACAACACCACGUGCCUCAACCUGUGACAGUGAAUGAAGACAAUAGUACUGAUGCUGCUACUGUACAACACCACGUGCCUCAACCUGUGACAGUGAAUGAAGACAAUAGUACUGAUGCUGCUACUGUACAACACCACGCCUCAACUCAGACAGUGAAUGAAGACAAUAUGAAUGAAGACAAUAGUACUGAUGCUGCUACUGUACAACACCCCACGGCUCAACCUGUGACAGUGAAUGAAGACACAGUACUGAUGCUGCUACUCUACAACACCACGCCUCAACCUGUGACAGUGAAUGAAGACAAUAGUACUGAUGCUGCUACUGUACACCACGUGCCUCAACCUGUGACAGUGAAUGAAGACAAUAGUACUGAUGCUGCUACUGUACAACACCACGUGCCUCAACCUCAGACAGUGAAUGAAGACAAUAGUACUAAUGCUGCUACUGUACAACACCACGCCUCAACCCUGACAGUGAAUGAAGACAAUAGUACUGAUGCUGCUACUGACAACACCACGUGCCUCAACCUGUGA